UCUUUAUUUUCCCUUCAGAACACUGCAGUUCUUCACAGUUAUGGUUUUACUGAACUCAGGACAGUUCACAAAGAGAAAUGAAUAAACAUCUAGUAGCCACUUGCUUCAUGUAUUUACCAACGAUCAGUUCGACAGCUUAGACAAGCAUACCCAAUGGGGAAUUGACUUCUUGGAAAGAUAUGCCAAAUUUGUUAAAGAGAGGAUAGAAAUUGAACAGAACUAUGCGAAACAAUUGAGAAAUUUGGUUAAGAAAUACUGUCCCAAACGUUCCUCCAAAGAUGAAGAACCAAGGUUUACUUCAUGUGUAGCCUUUUUUAACAUCCUGAACGAGUUAAACGACUAUGCAGGACAGCGAGAAGUAGUAGCAGAAGAAAUGGCACAGAGAGUUUAUGGUGAAUUAAUGAGAUAUGCUCAUGAUCUGAAAACUGAAAGAAAAAUGCAUCUUCAAGAGGGACGGAAAGCUCAACAGUAUCUUGACAUGUGCUGGAAACAGAUGGAUAAUAGUAAAAGGAAAUUUGAAAGAGAAUGUAGAGAGGCAGAAAAGGCACAACAGAGUUACGAAAGAUUGGAUAAUGAUACUAAUGCAACCAAGGCAGAUGUUGAAAAGGCUAAACAGCAGUUGAAUCUUCGGACGCAUAUGGCUGAUGAAAAUAAAAAUGAAUAUGCUGCACAGUUACAAAACUUUAAUGGAGAACAACACAAACAUUUCUACGUAGUGAUUCCUCAGAUUUACAAGCAACUACAAGAAAUGGAUGAACGAAGGACUGUUAAACUCAGCGAGUGUUACAGAGGAUUUGCAGACUCAGAACGCAAAGUUAUUCCUAUCAUUUCAAAAUGUUUGGAAGGAAUGAUUCUUGCAGCAAAAUCAGUUGAUGAAAGAAGAGACUCUCAAAUGGUAGUAGACUCCUUCAAGUCUGGAUUUGAACCUCCAGGAGACUUUCCAUUUGAGGAUUACAGUCAGCAUAUUUAUAGAACCAUUUCUGAUGGGACUAUCAGUGCAUCCAAACAGGAAAGUGGGAAGGUGGAUGCCAAAACCACAGUGGGAAAGGCCAAGGGCAAGUUGUGGCUCUUUGGAAAGAAGCCAAAGGGCACAGCACUAGAAGAUUUCAGUCAUCUGCCACCAGAACAGAGACGUAAAAAACUACAGCAGCGUAUCGAUGAACUUAACAGAGAACUACAAAAAGAAUCAGACCAAAAAGAAGCACUCAACAAAAUGAAAGAUGUGUAUGAGAAAAAUCCACAAAUGGGGGAUCCAGGGAGUUUGCAGCCUAAAUUAGCAGAGACCAUGAAUAAUAUUGACCGCCUGCGAAUGGAAAUCCACAAGAAUGAGGCAUGGCUCUCUGAAGUUGAAGGCAAAACAGGUGGGAGAGGAGACAGAAGACAUAGCAGUGACAUAAAUCAUCUUGUAACACAGGGACGAGAAAGUCCUGAGGGAAGUUACACUGAUGAUGCAAAUCAGGAAGUCCGUGGGCCACCCCAGCAGCACAGUCACCACAAUGAGUUUGAUGAUGAAUUUGAAGAUGACGAUCCCUUGCCUGCUAUCGGACACUGCAAAGCUAUUUACCCUUUUGAUGGACAUAACGAAGGUACGCUGGCAAUGAAAGAAGGUGAAGUUCUGUACAUUAUCGAGGAGGACAGAGGCGAUGGCUGGACUAGAGCUCGGAGACAGAGUGGUGAAGAAGGCUACGUUCCCACGUCGUACAUAGACGUAGCCCUAGAGAGAAACAGUAAAGGUGCAGUAACUUACAUCUAACUAACCCGGCAGCUCUGUCACGUAGGAACGAUUCCUUAAAAUGAAAACACACUCGACAGGUGGGGAAACAUCAGAAAACUUAAAGGGCAUCCAAGAUUUACUGUUCACUGUGUGAGCUGAAUGUAGGCUCGAUCUUAAAGAUGUCAGUUUACCACAAGAAACUGUUCUUGUUGAUGCUUUGCCAUGAGUGAUGUUGGUGUGGAGCUUAACUGAUGACUUCUGCUUUAUGUCUUGCUUAAGUCUGUGUGAAGGAUUUGUGUUUUUCUGCCUAAUAAAAAAUAGAAUUUGACCUAUUGGGCAGGAAUCCAUAGAUAAAAGGUACCCCCCCAACAUACAUAUACACACACUUGGCUUCAGAAAACACAGUGAUUAGUGAAUUCAAAUAAUAACUGCUAUGAAAAGCUAUAAACAGCCAACUUCCAGGGACUGGUUCAGUGCAGGAGUUUGAAUUGAGCUAUAGUCUCCAGGAAGACAAGUAGUAAUAGUUGGCUAAUGGGAUAAAAUAAGAAUAUAGCUGUUUUCAUUUUCCUAUUAAUUCUGGUUUCCUAAAGGAAUAAAGCACCUAGCACAAAGUCUGUUGUAGCAGUAGGCGGGCCAAGAGACCUGCAGGAUAAAUCCACCCGGUCUGGCGCUUGGUUGAAUAAAAUGACUUUCUUUUGAGACCUGAUAAUAUUUUCAGGCUUACUAGUAAUUUUCAGUAAUGCACGAGCUCCCUUUCAAAUUAAUCUAAUGCUUGUAUUUUUUAUCUUGAGAAUGUCUUUUGGGAAAUAUCACUUUCAUGAUUAUUUAGCAGCUAUAAUAGGAAAAUAGAUUUAAAAUAAGCUAACAUAGAGAGGAGAUCUUGAAUGGAGGAGAAGUACUGGCACAUUUUACUUUAAAAGGAAAAACUACUUUUUUGACUGGGUUGAGGAGGAUAUCUGUUCUACCAUUUAGAACAUGUCCUCAUUUUAGCUUGAUCAUCAGUUAUUAGGAUGAGUUCUUUUUCUCCAAUUAAUUUCAGUAAGCAUUUGUUGGUAGCACUGUACCGUCAAGGGUUGUGCAGUGCUAGUUGUGCUGGGAAUGAAGUGAGGAAGCAGCUACGAAACUUGUCUUUGAUUUUGCUCGUGUUCCAAGUUUUUCUGGUGUUUUCAGUAGCUGACUAUAAAAUGCUUUUAGGAACAUUUAGGGUGGACACUUUAAACUGAACACCCCUUUUGGUCUUACCAAAGGUCUUCAGUAAUUGUUCUUUUCUUUUUCCUCCUGGACUGCAGGUUCCUGAAGAGGGUUUCUGAGGAAAUGGGCAAGAUGUUGAAGGAGGUUACAUGCAGCUGCUUUUGGGGGGAGGGUAUUAGAGUUGUCAGGCUCAGCGAGAGAGUGAGAGAAGCAAGUUGCAUGAGUGCAUGCAGACAUCAUUAUUUUUUUACUAACUUCAUUAGCAUUUUCAUACAUUGUUUUAAAAAAUCAUUAAGUCCUUAAAUUCCUUAUUCACAGUUAUUUACAUGAAGGAAAAAAAAGCUAACAAUGGCUAACCUUUUUUCCAUUUAUUUUACUGAUGUCCAAAUCAGAAAGAAUGCAGAGCUGUUGAAUUUGUCUUACAUUUGGCUGUCCCACCAGCACCAUCUCUAUCCCAGCUGUUUUAAUUGGCUUUUAGAUCCAUCGUCUGUUGGAACCCUUGUCAUUUCUCAGUGUCUGCCUGCGCCACUUCUGUGUUUGCUUAACGUCCUGUUGCAUGUGUAGAGUGACCGGGCUCGACUUUUCAGGCAUGUCUUUAUAAUCCCUUGUUCUUGUCAAAGCCUUAGUUUUGUUUUACAUUUGUAGUGCAGAUCACUUUGUCAAACAUCUCCAGCACUAAUGUUUCCAUCCCAUUGUGUGUGUAUGCUGCUAUAACUUCCCCACUACAAACAUUCCAGUUUUGGCAUUAUGAAGAAGUAGUUUGUGAACCUGAAGCAUCUAUGAUAAGAAAAAGAAAACAUCUAUGCUCUAGCCUACAGCCCAGUUGAAAGAACUCUUUGAAGCAUGAUACAUCUUCAGCACCUCAAUCUGGGAAGAAUCUAUAGUCAGCACUGAAAUCCUGGCAUAAUAAACACAGAAGAUACUCACCACCUCAAGACAAAGGACUGUUGUCAGAAGUCAGCUGCUUCCAUUCAAAUGCUGCCUUAAACUAGAGUGCCUAAAUCUGUUGAUUGCCAACACUACCACUACAGUAUCCCACAAAGGGCUUUGUGUGUCAGCUCAGUGUGACCUCCUUUAACUCUGCAGGGCUGCUGCAGCUGCCGAUGUAGCCUCGGUAGGUGGCUUUUAGAGCUCUACCGCGUUUGACGGUGCAUCUUCGAAUUUAUGCACCAGAUUAAGACAUGUUCGAGUCCAUUUGACUUUACUCAGUGUUUUUAUGAUGAAGUUUUAUGGACCCCCCCAUUGUCUUUUAAUUUGGGGUUACCAUGUUCUCAUUUGAUUAUUACAGUGAUAGUCUGUUUCCAAGUGAUGCUUUUGUUUGAACCAGAUAAAAGUUAGUGAAACUUUGUAAUGAUCUAUGUGCACUUUUACUUGUAAAAUGGAAAUUUCUGUAUGUUUAUACUUGUAAAUAUAAUUGUCAUUAGUGCCCUAUUGCUCAUGUUGUCCUGCCUCGCAUUUGUGGUUCUGUUAAUGACUUGUAUCUUAACUAAUUUCUUAGUGAUGUUUAAUAGGGAGAUGGGCGGGGGUGGGGGGAUAUUUCUACCAAUGGAAGCUUCAUUAAUUUGGUUCUUUACUGUUUUGGGGGAAGAAAGAGAACGUGAAAUGGUCUGUGUAUUGUUGGAUUUUAAGCAAUAUUUUAGAAGCUGUGUGACUGCUUUAAUAAUUUUUUCCCCAGUGUUUGAUUCGUACUACCAGUUAUAUACUAAGGCUGAAUGACAAUUGUGUGAAAGUUAAUAUCUUCAUAAGAUCGAUUAUGCCCCUGUUACACAGCUGACGUAUAGUGUAUUACUUUUGAGGCUAGUAAACUAUAAAACUUAGAUUUUGAAUCUCGUUACAGGGUUAUUUAUAUAAUGUGACAUUAUUCAAUACUGACAGACUACAUAAAGUAGUUUUAAAUCCUAGUGCUAUUUGUAUUUGAAAGGUUAGCAAUGAGGAGGAAAUGUGAUCUGGCUGUGUUUGUCUUCUGUACAAAGCCUGAAGUGCUUGUGUGUGUUUGGCCGGCAGCCACAGAGGGCAAAGUUUAAGGUUUUCGUGUAAGGACUAACUGUUCUUUUCAGGCUACUCUUUGUUUUUCUAAAAGCAGGAUUUGCCUCUGUAGGAGGCAAGUUCCUUCAUGUGGAAUAGUGCAACCUGUAUAUGGGUUAUUACAGUAGGACAGACAUUUGUACUUGCACAGUUUAAAUCAUUCUUAAAUCAUUCUUAAAUUUUGAACAUGUGAAUUGUCCAAAACUUUAAUUUUUCAAUAAUUUUUACUCUUUUUGUGCACAUGUUGAUUUCUUAAUGGUAAAUGCUUUGUUUAAGAUAGUGUUCUCUGUUGAGAAUAUUUUCAUGGAAUAAAACAAUCUUUUCAUGGUCGGUUAA